CAGGCAGUUCACAGAGGCGAGAGCUCAGCACCAAAAGGAAAACAGAGAAAGAGACGGAGCGCAGGGAAGCACAUUCAAGAUAACGAUAAGCUUGCUGGAAUGUUUCCUUGGUUGUUUUUCACCAGCUGAAAAUCCCUGUCAGAGUGGAUUUCUUCUUGGCUGCUGCUUUUGUGGACUCUUUCUCUUCUCCCCCCCGUCUGGAUGUGGGCUUUUAAGUCUGUCUGCAGUUAACUAAGGAGGAUCAACUGACACCUUUUUGGGGAUUUACACUUUGAGGAGUAAACCUCUAUUUGGGUGAGGGUGAGAGAGGGAGACUAAGAGAGACUGAGAGAAGAAGUGGAGACAGAGAAAGUGCCGGGCCAUGCCCACCUUCGCCCAUGGUUCAACAGCAUGAAAGGGGGCAACCAUCACCAUCGCCACCACCGAGGCUGUGGCUGCCAACACUUGUUCCGUAAAGUCCUGGCCAAGUGUGGCUGCUGCUAUGCCCGAGUCAGAGAUUCAUACUCGGCAGCAGGCAGUGAGGGCAGCAUCUCCACCUCUGUGGCGUCCCUGCCCCCCCAGGCAUCGGGCAGCUCGGCCCCCAGCUCCCCAGGCUCCAGACGCUCUGUCAGCACGCUGAAGAAGUGGCUCACAAACCCUGUUCGCAAACUGAGCGUUGGGGCCACGGCCAAAGGGGAGCGCCAGGUCCGCAAACUUGAGGGAAAACCUCCACCUCCUCCGUCUCAAAGCCACAGCCUGGAUCUGGGCAGCCCCCCGAGGCAUGAUGACACUUUCACCAUCCUUCCCAUUACCCACAGAGAACUGGAGUGGAAAGAUGGCCUGGCCAGUCCUGAGGACCUGUCACCGGCUACACUACAGUCCCCCAGCUACAUCACUGACUCCAUGAUUGGCUGCACGUCACUGCCAAACACCCAGGACACUGAGUCCACCAGUGUGUUGCCAGAUGACAGCGGCUCGGUCUUGAUGGACGACACCUCCAGCCAAUGGUCAACCGCGGCUGACACUGAGGAGGAGAGGAGGAGUGCCUUAGAGAAAAGCACGUAUGUACUGCAAGAGCUUAUUGAGACAGAAAAGCACUAUGUGGUGGACCUGGGACUCAUAGUGGAGGGCUACAUGGGAACAAUGCAAUCCAAAGGUAUUCCGGAGGACAUGAAGGGAAAAGACAAAAUAGUUUUUGGGAACAUUCACCAAAUAUUUGACUGGCAUAAAGACUACUUCCUGGGAGAGCUGGAGAAGUGUAUAGCGGAGCCAGAGAGGCUGGCCCAGCUCUUCAUUAAACACGAGAGGCGUCUGCAUAUGUACGUAGUAUACUGUCAGAACAAGCCCAAGUCCGAACAUAUUGUCUCAGAGUACAUCGAGACUUACUUUGAGGAGUUGCGACAACAGCUGGGCCACAGGCUGCAGCUCAACGACCUGCUCAUCAAACCUGUCCAAAGGAUCAUGAAGUACCAGCUGCUGCUCAAGCUUUACCAGUAG